AUGGCGACGUAUGGCCGAAUAUUAGAACUGGCGAAGGCACAGUGCCGCGUGUUUUCACAUAAUUUCAACCCACAGCGUUUACGUUUGGGGAACAAGGUCCUUCGACAGCGCUUACGAGGCCCGGCACUCGCGUCAUGGUAUCCUAGGAAGACAGUUGCCUUUCGAGACCUGCAGGAUACCUACAAACAGGUUGGCUUGACGGCAUUUGACGAGGCCGAGGAUGACAGAGAAGAAGCCAUCCAAAUUGCAAAACUGCGUGGAAAAGGACGACCCAAGAAGAAAAGAACAGCAGCCGAGUCGAGAUCUGCGAAGAAGAAGAAAUAA